GAGAGAGAGGGAGAGAGAUGAAAAUCAAUGCCUGGCCACACUACAGACGCGCCACGCAUGAAGAACUUUUACAGCCGAGGCAACAUUGAAAGGCUGUCAUAUCUUGGGUGGUUACGGAGAGCGCCCAUGGUGUUGUUUAGAGAGCUACUAACAAAAUUUCUCCCAUGUUUUCCACGAAGUGAAGGAGGCAAAAACUACCCGCCGCCAUUUUUUUUGGAAGUGACUGACUGGGAGUGGAGAGUUAACGUUAGCUGUAAACUGGCCACAGCUGAUUUAGUUUAUAUUCCUUGUGAGUCAUCACCUUCAACACUGUCAGCCCGGACGGCCUGGAUACUGUAACGUUAAAUACACAGACUCUUCUUCACUGUACGAGGUGUGGAAUGCCCAAAGUAAUAAACAAAAAAAGUGAUUUUGUUUACACAUUUCUCCUGAAUUCUUACUAACGUUAACUGUUGUGGGCUAAGUUAGCCACAUUAGCACACUGAGGUUUUCUUCUGGAGUCCGCUCAAACCUGGCCUGGUGGACGGGUCUCUAUGCGUACACUGCCUCCCUCUGGCAGAUGAGUAACCAGCGUGGCCGUACGUGUCGAAGUCGCACGGCCAGAUAGUCCCCUGCGAGCACGGCGUGUCCUCCGGCUCGCAGAAUGCCCUCCACCAGCCGGGCAGGGAGCCAGAAGGACCCCGAGAUCGCAGAGCUAUUCUUCAGAGAGGACCCCGAGAAGCUCUUCACAGACCUCCGUGAGAUCGGUCAUGGCAGCUUCGGCGCAGUGUAUUUUGCAAGGGAUGUGCGGACCGCAGAGGUGGUGGCCAUCAAGAAGAUGUCCUACAGUGGGAAACAGUCUAAUGAGAAAUGGCAGGAUAUCAUAAAGGAAGUCAAGUUCCUCCAGAGAAUACAACACCCAAACAGCAUAGAGUAUAAAGGAUGCUACCUGCGGGAACACACAGCAUGGCUUGUCAUGGAGUACUGUUUGGGCUCCACCUCUGACCUCCUUGAAGUUCACAAGAAGCCCCUUCAGGAAGUUGAGAUUGCAGCCAUUACCCAUGGUGCUUUGCAGGGCCUUGCAUACCUUCAUUCCCAUAACAUGAUUCACAGGGAUAUCAAAGCUGGGAACAUCCUGCUGACCGAGCCUGGACAAGUCAAACUGGCAGAUUUUGGUUCUGCCUCCAUUGCUUCUCCAGCCAACUCUUUUGUGGGGACACCAUAUUGGAUGGCCCCUGAAGUGAUUUUAGCCAUGGAUGAGGGACAGUAUGAUGGAAAGAUUGACAUCUGGUCUCUUGGGAUCACCUGCAUAGAACUAGCGGAAAGGAAACCUCCUCUGUUUAACAUGAAUGCGAUGAGUGCCUUAUACCACAUAGCACAGAAUGAGAGCCCUGCACUGCAAUCGAGUGAAUGGACGGAUUAUUUUAGAAAUUUUGUUGACUCCUGCCUUCAGAAAAUCCCUCAAGACAGACCACACUCUGAGGAUCUGAAGCAGCAUGCCUUUGUCCUGCGAGAGAGGCCAGAAUCUGUUCUGAUAGACUUAAUUUUGCGGACAAAAGAUGCGGUCCGAGAGCUGGACAACCUGCAGUACCGCAAGAUGAAGAAGAUCCUAUUUCAGGAGGCGCACAAUGGGCCGACCACUGAAACCCAGGAGGGAGAUGAGGAGCCAGAGCACGGUCCUGGUCACACGGGCACAGUGAGCAGUGUGGGCAGUAAUCAGUCCAUUCCCAGCAUGUCAAUCAGUGCAAGCUCUCAGAGCAGCUCAGUGAACAGCAUUCCCGAUGCUGCUGAUGACAAGAGUGACCUUGACCUGGAGAAAGACCACACUUUUAUGUCUAAUAAUUCGGUCAUACACCUGAAGCCUGAAGAAGAGGAAGUUUACCCUAACGUUCCUGAAACGCGUCCUCAUCCCUCAGAAGCCCAGGCGGCAACCGCACAGCCCCCGCAACGCAAACACCAUCGCAACCGCGAGCACUUUGCCACCAUUCGCACAGCUUAUCUGGUGACACGUCAGAUGCAGGAACAUGAGCAGGACUCCGAGCUGAGGGAGCAGAUGUCCGGUUACAAACGCAUGAGACGGCAGCACCAGAAGCACCUUAUGGCCCUGGAGAACAAACUCAAAGUGGAGGUGGACGAACACCGGCUGAGACUGGACAAAGAACUGGAGGCCCAGAGGAACAGCUUUGCCGCUGAGAUGGAGAAACUUGUGAAGAAAAACCAAGCAUCCAUAGAGAAAGAUGCCAAGUCAUUCGCCAAUGAUGAGAAGAAAUUCCAACAGCACAUUCAAGCACAGCAAAAGAAAGAGCUUAGUAGCUUCCUGGAGUCACAGAAACGAGAGUACAAGCUAAGGAAGGAACAACUGAAAGAGGAGCUAAAUGAGAACCAGUCCAGCCCUAAGAAAGAGAAGCAGGAGCGGCUUUCGAAGCAGAAGGAGAAUUUUCAGCACUACCAGGCAGAGGAGGAAGCCAACCUGCUCCGCCGACAGCGGCAGUACCUGGAGCUAGAAUGUCGGCGCUUUAAACGGCGAAUCCUCAUUGCAAAACACAAUGUAGAGCAAGACCUUGUACGGGAGGAACUAAAUAAGCGCCAGACGCAGAAAGAUCUGGAACAUGCCAUGCUGCUUCGCCAUCAUGAAUCCAUGCAGGAGCUGGAGGUGAGGCAGCUGGGCACCAUUCAGAAGAUGCGUACAGAGCUGAUUCGCUUGCAACAUCAGACUGAACUCACCAACCAGCUAGAGUACAACAAACGCAGAGAGCGAGAGCUACGCCGCAAACAUGUCAUGGAGGUCCGGCAACAGCCCAAAAGCCUUAAGUCUAAAGAGCUCCAGAUCAAGAAACAGUUCCAGGACACGUGUAAAAUCCAGACACGGCAGUAUAAGGCCUUGCGCAACCACCUCCUGGAGACCACACCCAAGUCUGACCACAAGGCUGUGCUGAAGAGGCUGAAGGAGGAGCAGACCCGGAAAUUAGCCAUCCUUGCUGAACAGUAUGACCAUUCCAUCAAUGACAUGCUCUCCACACAAGCUCUGCGAUUGGAUGAGGCACAGGAGGCCGAAUGUCAGGUGUUAAAGAUGCAGCUGCAGCAGGAGUUGGAGUUGCUGAAUGCUUAUCAGAGCAAAAUCAAAAAGCAGACGGAUGCACAGCACGAUCGUGAGAGGAAAGAGCUGGAGCAGAGGGUUUCGCUGAGGAGGGCUCUUCUUGAGCAGAAGAUUGAAGAGGAGAUGUUUACCCUGCAAAAUGAGCGCUCAGAACGAAUCCGCAGUCUAUUAGAGAAGCAGGCCCGGGAGAUUGAAGCGUUCGACUCUGAAAGCAUGCGCCUGGGUUUCAGCAACAUGGUGCUCUCCAACCUGGCCUCAUCCGAUGGCCACAGCCACAGAUUUCCGGGGGCCCAGAGUAGCUGGGGCUCCCAGAACGUUGCAAGCACCCAGGGGUCACACUGGGGAGGGCACCACAGUGGCAGCCAGCAUGGCCACCACCACCACACAAGCCACAGUGACUCUAUCCAGCAGCCUUGGGGUCAUGGCCUGCCUUCAGGGGGGCCACCCCCCUGGGGGCACUACGGGUCUGGGGCCAGUCAGCGCUCGAGUGGGGGAAGUGGUGGGCUACGGAACAGUCCCCAGGUAAUACGGCGGGCCACCACAGGUGUCCGCAAUGAGCAGGGGAUGAGCAGAAGUGCCAGCAUCGCCUCUCAGAUUUCCAAUGGUUCGCACCUGUCCUACACGUAAGACCACCCACUGCUUUCCCACAACACUCAUCUUGACCCAAAGUGCCAUAGGGGAGGGGACAAAGGGGCACCAGGGCUUUUUUUCUUUUUUUUUUACACACAUUCUCUAAUCCUCUAAAUACAUAUUUUAUACACAUGGUAAGCACAAAAUGCAUCAAUUGUAGUUCAGGUUCUAAGAAUGUAAAACAUUCUAGAGAAAAUGCAGUGUGCAUUUUAGAGUGCGUUAAACUGAUUUGAAAAUGUUAGUGAGGGUGAGAAUGAAUAUAUGGAUGCUGUACAUUGCCUCUCACAGGUAAAAUUGUAAGUCUUUAUGCAGUGGGUUUUAUCAUGGUCUCAUUAGCAGCUGGUACCAGUUGUAUAGAGCGGGAGAUCUAUUUAUAUGUAUUUCUGAAAUAGUUUUCUUAUGAAUCAAUGUUCCUGAGAAAAUUAUAUGCAUUCUCUCAGAAACAUUGAUUCAUAAGAAAACAAUUUCAGAAAUACAUAUAAAUAGAUGGUAUAAAGGUUGGAUAGCAGAAUGUGAAAGAAUCAAGCUUUACAACACACUUGAUUUUGUGUAGCUUAGUCUUUUAUAAACAAGCACUAAUUUUAAUGUGUGACUGAACAUUAUGCUCUUUGUGCCAGAACAAAUUUUAACUAUGAAAAGAUACUGUGAAAUUCCAAGAUUUUGCUGAUUUAUUUUGAUUAUUGAAUUAUUAUUAUUUUUUUUUUUUAUGUUGCCAUUGACAUCCUUCCACAGUUCCAAAUAACCAAAAACUGUGUGGAGAGCAGGAUGCCAUUUUGCUUUUAAAACUUUGAAAACAUAGCCUAAAAUUCUGAUAGUAAGUGUAUGAACAAAUGUGUUCUUUUGCUAUAGGCCAAAAGGACAUAAGUUAUAAGGUAGGUGAGCGCUGUGAAAUGACUAUAUUAAUAUGGAGGUACUGAAAGGUAGCGGUCUGAUGACACUUAAAACAGGUUUUGCAAUGUGAAUGUACGUGAGUGUUAAAGCAUGUUGGCACAGUAAAACUUCACUCGUUAAUUACAGCCGCUGAAGUAUAUUAAUGUUUGUUUUAGUCUUUUGAUUUAGUGAUGCCAAAGUUAACAAUCGCAACUAUGCAAUAGGAUAAUAGCCUGUUACAUUAAAGUCUUCUUUCAUUGAGCUUAACAUCACAGAAAAGCACUUUAUCAUCCUCUUCUACUCUUAGUUUCUCACUACAAUCACAUACAAGCAGAUCUCCUGGUCUUCAGGUGUCCCCUCCUUCCCUUUCUCAGGCUGGGUUUGACAAGAGCGUGUUGUGUGGAUUUUAGGGGUGGGGAGGUCUGGUUUGGGUAAGGCUUGAGACCACUGAAUGUUUUUGCUGGGCGGGUGGGUGCUGCUGCUGUUAUCCCUGCAAUGCCUUUGUUUCUUCCACGCCCACUCUAGAGCUCCAGUGACUGCCGCCCACCCUCCAACUGAACACUCAUUACAGCAUGUAGAAAAAAAGAUUAGAAAUGCAAUGAAAAAUGUCAGAUAGCAUAUAAAACAUUAUAGUGGAAGGGUAUACAUCCAGGAGACGGCUUUAAGUGAGAUGUAUAGGAGAAUGUUUGUAUAUUGUAUAUUUAGAAAUUUAAAUAAAUGAAAAUCAAUAUAAAGACCCAAGUUAAAACUAGACUAAAAUGUAAUUGCUUAAAUGUGAAGAUACAAGAAAAAAAAAUUA